AUGGAGUCUAAUGGAACAGCUCCAGAGGAGAAUGGAAAGGCACGAGACGCGUCACCAUGCACGACCUCCUCGACCCCAUUGAAACAUCAAGCCAAGGCUGCGACCCUUCUAGAGGCGUGCAAAUGGAGAGAUAUCGAGGCAUUGAGGAGGCUGGCCACAUCUGAAGGCGGCUUGGUUUCUGACGAGAUCCGGAGGCUGGCAUGGCCCAUGCUUCUAGGACACCCAAGCCAAGACGACAGCACGAGGCUGGAGAAGGAGCAUAUUGAUAGCUGGGAAGAUCUACCGGAGCAUCGAGAUGAAGAUCAGGUGCAGUUGGAUGUUAACAGAUCGUUUAUAUACUAUCCGAAUGACCAGUCCGUGGAGGCUCUUGAUCGACGAAAGCGGGAACUUUCCGAUCUGAUAACGGAGGUUCUACGACGGCAACCAUAUCUCCAUUACUUCCAGGGCUAUCAUGAUAUCUGCCAGGUAUUCCUCCUGGUUCUGGAGCCACAAUCUCGCGCGUCCGCCGUCGCACGGCUCUCAGCUCUUCGAAUAAGGGACUUUAUGCUCCCUACACUCGCCCCAGCCCUGGCUCAAUUGCGUCUGAUACCAUCAAUCCUAUAUGCGGUCGACCCCAUGCUCUGUAACCACCUUUCCCAGACCCAACCAUUUUUCGCCCUCUCCGGAACGUUAACCAUGUACGCGCACGACAUCCAAGAAUACAGCGACAUAGCUCGAUUAUUCGACGUCUUUUUGGCGCGCGAGGCCGUGUUCUCGGUAUAUAUGUUUGCCCAAAUUGUUCUCCAGCGGUCGGACGAACUCUUUGAGACCCCAGCCGAUGAGCCGGAGAUGCUUCAUUCAAUCCUUUCCAAGCUCCCUAAACCCCUUGACCUCGAGGCGUUAAUUCAAAACACUGUGAAGUUAAUUGAAAACUACCCCCCUGAAACCCUGAGGACGUGGCGUUCAAUAUCAAAUUAUAGUGUACUGAAGACGACAUGUUGGCACGCCCAGCCUAUAAAUCAAACGCUGGAGGAUGGCGAAGAGUACUUCAAAAAGCAUGUAAAGGAAAUACAGCGGGCAGAGCAACGAAAGAAAAUUCUGCAGACGAUUUGGAGAUACCGCCGGCCAGCUGGCACGAUUGGACUUGCAAUACUGGUUGGAGUUCUAUCGUUUUGGCCUCGGAGAAGCUCUGGGCCGCCAGGGGUCUGGGGGAUAUUAUGGAGCCAGAUGUCCAGUAUCCAAUGGCGUUAA